CAGGGAACCGAACCAUUUCUGCCUCUCCAAAGAGGCUUCAGACAGGGAACCGAGCCCUUUUACAGCUUCAUCCAAAGAGCAAAAGUGGCAUGUCAGGGGGAGAUUAUCAACAACAAGUGCUAUGAGUUCAACCCUACACCGCUGUCCUUCAAGGAUGCUCAGGCCAAAUGCAGAACUCUUGCCCCACAUGCCGAGCUUGCUUCUGUAACCAGUGGUGAUCUGCAUUCCCAUCUGAUUUCCCUGGUGACCAAGGGUGGUAAGAAGAGCCCUGUGCUAACCUGGCUGGGAGCCACAGUCACGAACCAAGAGGCGUCAUGGGUGGACGGGUCAGAGUGGGGUUUUAGCGACUGGAUGCCAGGCCACCCCAACAUUCACACUGACAAACCUGUCUGUGUGGAGAUGUUUGAGCUAGACAACAGCCGGUGGACUACUGCCAACUGUGAUCUGAAGAGAGCGUCCAUCUGUACGUACAUGAUUCCUACGUAAGAGAAAUCGCAAAGAAGCAACGUGAGACGGGCUCGCGGGUAUCAUUUCCUACGAUACCUUCGUGUUCCCUGCCACAAGCUGAUUGUGCAUUCUUGAAUAAAAACACAGCAUAUUA